AAAAGAGAAGAAGAAGAAGAAGAAGCGGCUCACCCUCCGUUAGCUAGCUAGCUACUGCUGGGAAGUAGCGACAAAAUCUUCAGGAUAUUCUCAUAAUGAGUUAUGCAGAGAAGCCAGAGGACAUAACACGGGAAGAGUGGAUGGAUAAACUCAACAAUGUCCACAUUCAGAGAGCUGAUAUGAACAGGCUCAUUAUGAAUUAUCUGGUGACAGAGGGUUUUAAGGAGGCAGCAGAGAAAUUCAGGAUGGAGUCUGGAAUAGAACCAAGUGUGGACUUGGAUUCCCUAGAUGAAAGAAUUAAGAUCAGAGAGAUGAUCUUAAAGGGACAGAUCCAGGAUGCUAUUGCGCUUAUCAACAGUCUGCACCCAGAACUGCUGGAUACAAACCGUUACCUCUACUUUCACCUACAGCAGCAGCAUCUUAUUGAGUUGAUCCGUUUGAGGGAGACUGAAGCUGCCCUUGAAUUUGCCCAGUCCCAGUUAGCGGAGCAGGGGGAAGAGAGCCGAGAAUGUCUGACUGAGAUGGAGAGGACGCUGGCACUGCUGGCGUUUGACAACCCCGAAGACUCACCUUUUGGAGAUUUGCUUAAUAUGAUGCAGAGGCAAAAGGUGUGGAGUGAAGUGAAUCAGUGUGUGCUAGACUAUGAAAACAGAGAGUCAACACCCAAGCUGGCCAAGCUCCUGAAGCUUCUGCUGUGGGCUCAAAAUGAACUUGACCAAAAGAAAGUGAAGUAUCCCAAAAUGACUGACCUCAGCAAGGGAACAAUUGAAGACCCUAAAUAAGGACCCAGAGUGAAAAAGUAUUACAACAUUACAAAAUGGACACGUUUCGUUUAUACCCUAUUUAUACCCCCCAACAAACUGACUCAUAUAGAGUACAACCUUUUCUUUUUUUGUAAGGGUUGCUUUUUGAUACUUUAUUAACUCAGUAUGUGCACAACACUCGAUUGAUGGCAUUUUAAAAUGACUUCUCAAACUAAAUUAACAAGCAGACCAUUGUUUCAUCCGGUAUUUUAAUUUACAUAUUUGUUUACGUAAAAUGAGUAUGUUUCAGUUACACUAGUUUUUCUGUCUGUUGGCAGGGAAAGUUGUUGGCAUAGGAGAAUGUGAAUAAAGCCUAAAUUAGGCUGUUUCUGUGUGUGACCACUUCGAGGGAGCAAAGUUUGCUGUUCAGGGCAAAUGGUUGGCUCAGAGGGCACUGCUUCAAAUAAAAUGUUUCUUCCUUACAAAAACAUCCACAUUUCAGCUAGUACUCUUAUGUGGUGGCAAUAGCCAGCAAAAGAUACUUGGGGUAUUUCAAGCUACUGUGACUUUGAAAGUUAAUUUCAACUUUAGAUUCAUACUGCAUUAUUGCUUGGGAUGUUAUCAAAACCUGCUGACAGAGACGAGAGCAAAGGUGAACUUCAAACCGUACGUUAUUGUAGCAUUUGGGGUGGAAAAGUGAGAUUACUGGAAUGCUAUAAACUUUGCAGCCUACUGUGACUGUGCAAGCUCAAAGAUAGCCUCAGUUUCAUAGUGUUUUAAAAUAUUGCAGAUCAUGUUUAAAGAUGUGAAUGGAUAACUCUUAUGUCCACAGAAAUUGAGACGCUUUUCCAGAUGGGUUAUUUACAUUUAUGAAACAAGUAGCCCUUUUGCAAAAUUAGAUGUGCUUUUUUUUUUUUUUUCUUGCUGGUAUAUUAUUUUGCAAUAAAAGUGAAUUUUUAAACUGGGAAAGUCAUUUGGGACCUGGUGUGUUUUGAUUCUGGAAAUGUAAAAACUUAUAUAAUGGUAGAGGGAAAAAUAUAAAUAAAAAAUAAAAACAAGUAAAUAAAUAACACUAAAUAAGGUACAUGUUUGGUUUGCAAUUUAAGAUUUUACACAUAAUAUUUUUGGAUAAAAUUAUAUAAUAACCUGGCCAAUUGCCUAAGUAGCUAAUAAAUAGCUUCACCUCCAACCAGUUACAAAAUGACGAUGCUGUGAAAGAUGCAUUGUGCUGAAUGACCAGUGGUGGAGGAGAUCUCCAGUUUAUUUAAGUGAGUUUAUUUACUUAAAGUAUGAAUGUUUACUAUAAAAUGCUGAAAAGUCUCCCAUGACUGUUUUGCCACCGUGUAUUUGAUUAUUGUACUAUGAUUAUUGAUGCAUUGACCCACAUAUCUUGAGCGUUUACUCAUAUACUUGCACCAUUUUCAAGUUAUAAGUACGUUGGGUGUGACUCUGUCCUCUAAUAAAACUAUUAUCUUAUUUCUA